UUAGCGAGGGCGAAGUUUCGCAGAAUUUUUUUUUUAUUGCAGUAGCUUAGAUGUUGCUGGUUAAUUAUUAAUUGAAGAAGCUAAUCCAGUCAAGCCAUGUCACACAAUUACUGCACAUCCCUUUCGCAUUUAGUACUAUCAAUAGUCAGUAUAACUUGUUUCAAGAAGAUCAACAGUUUGGAAUCUAACAAUGGGUUGACAAUGAGUGGUUUUGUUAUAAUUAUCCUGCAUUCUUUACUGGGAGUAUGGAAAUGGGGAAAUCCAUUGCAUGGGAGGGCUGUCGAUAAACCAUACAAAUUUGUUGGUUUCUUAAAGGAGAUGUUAGCUUUUCCAUGUAUUGUUGGUCAACUUUGGUUUAAGUUGAAUGGCAAUGCAGUUGUGGCCUACUUGCAUCCACUAGUGUCUCUGAUCCCUUUCAUAUUGAGAUCCAGAAAAAUGUCCAGAUUUGGAAACAAGGAUACGUUUAUGCUUAUGGAAAUAUUCUCUUGCUGCUUGGUUUCUUUCAUGACUGAGAAUUAUUUUGGUGUGGCAUGUGCUAUAGCCUACGGCCUUAAUCACUUUCUAAUUCAGGAUGAAUACUUGAACAUGCCCUCAAUUGAUAUUUACAAUUAUGCAUUUUGCUUCUUCACAUACUUUUCCUAUAGGGCUCUGUGUGGUUAACAAAUGAAGGUAUGCUUUCUAUUUUUAAAAUUUGACUUACUCAUAUCAAAUGUCUAAAUGUUACUAUUUUUGUAAACUUCUAUACGCAAACGAAAUUCUUACAUUAUUUUAAAUUUUUCAUUUACUUAACGCGAGAA